CCGAGGCUUUUGGUCUGCCGCGUCUGCCUGCUCUCCCGCGGCCGCGCGGUUAGCCACGUGGAGCGACUCCGGAGCGCGGUCCUCACGUGGUUCCAGUGGAGUUCCAGUGCUUACCUCUUCUCCGUACUCGCUCCCGCCUCUGAGCUGCGUUCCCAUGGCGGCCCUAGUGUUGGAGGACGGGUCGGUCCUGAGGGGCCAGCCCUUUGGGGCCGCUGUGUCGACUGCCGGGGAAGUGGUGUUUCAAACCGGCAUGGUUGGCUACCCCGAGGCCCUCACCGACCCGUCCUACAAAGCACAAAUUUUAGUGCUCACGUAUCCUCUGAUCGGCAACUAUGGCAUCCCCCCAGAUGAAGCGGAUGAGUUUGGUCUCAGCAAGUGGUUUGAAUCCUCGGGGAUCCAUGUGGCAGGACUGGUGGUGGGAGAGUGCUGCCCCACACCCAGCCACUGGAGUGCCACUCUUACCCUGCAUGAAUGGCUGCAGCAACAUGGCAUACCUGGCCUGCAAGGAGUGGACACUCGGGAGCUGACUAAGAAGUUACGGGAGCAAGGAUCUCUGCUAGGGAAGCUGGUCCAGGAUGGGACAGAGCCUUCAUCCCUGCCUUUCUUAGACCCCAAUGCCCUCCCCCUGGUGCCAGAGGUCUCCAUUAAGACUCCACGGGUAUUCAAUGCAGGGGGUAAACCUCGGAUCCUUACUUUGGACUGUGGACUCAAGUAUAAUCAGAUUCGAUGCCUCUGCCAGCGUGGGGCUGAGGUCACUGUAGUACCCUGGGACCAUGCAUUAGACAGCCAAGAGUAUGAGGGUCUCUUCCUAAGUAACGGCCCUGGUGACCCUGCCUCCUAUCCUGAUGUUGUAUCCACGCUGAGCCAUGUCUUGUCUAAGCCUAAUCCCCGACCUAUCUUUGGGAUCUGCCUGGGACACCAGCUAUUGGCCUUAGCCAUUGGGGCCAAGACUUACAAGAUGAGAUAUGGAAACCGAGGUCAUAACCAGCCCUGCUUGCUGGUAGGCUCUGGACGUUGCUUUCUGACAUCCCAAAACCAUGGGUUUGCUGUGGAAACAGACUCACUGCCAGCGGGCUGGGUUCCUCUCUUCACCAAUGCCAAUGACCGUUCCAAUGAAGGCAUUGUACACAGCAGCCUGCCUUUCUUCAGUGUCCAGUUUCACCCAGAGCAUCAAGCUGGCCCUUCAGAUAUGGAAAUGCUUUUUGAUAUCUUUCUGGAAACUGUGAAAGAGGCCACAGCUGGGAACCCUGGUGGCCAGACAGUUCAUGAGCGGUUGAUAGAGCGCCUCUGUCCCCCUGGGAUUCCCACCCCGGGCUCUGGGCUUCCACCACCAAGAAAGGUUCUGAUCUUAGGCUCAGGGGGCCUCUCUAUUGGCCAGGCUGGGGAGUUUGACUACUCAGGAUCUCAGGCAAUUAAGGCCCUGAAGGAGGAAAACAUCCAGACAUUGCUGAUCAACCCCAAUAUUGCCACAGUACAGACCUCCCAGGGGCUGGCCGACAAGGUCUAUUUCCUCCCUAUAACACCUCACUAUGUAACCCAGGUGAUACGUAAUGAACGCCCAGAUGGUAUAUUACUCACUUUUGGGGGCCAAACUGCACUGAACUGUGGUGUGGAGCUAACCAAGGCUGGGGUGCUAGCUCAAUAUGGGGUUCGGGUCCUGGGCACACCCGUGGAGACCAUUGAACUGACUGAAGAUCGGCGUGCCUUUGCUGCCAGGAUGGCAGAGAUCGGAGAGCAUGUGGCCCCCAGCGAGGCAGCACAUUCUCUUGAACAGGCCCAGGCAGCUGCUGAGCGACUUGGGUACCCUGUGCUGGUGCGUGCAGCCUUUGCCUUGGGUGGUCUGGGCUCUGGCUUUGCCUCCAACAAGGAGGAACUCUCUGCUCUUGUAGCCCCAGCUUUUGCGCAUACUGGCCAAGUGCUAGUGGACAAGUCCCUGAAGGGAUGGAAGGAGAUUGAGUAUGAGGUGGUGAGAGACGCCUAUGGCAACUGUGUCACGGUGUGUAACAUGGAGAACUUAGACCCACUAGGUAUCCAUACUGGUGAGUCCAUAGUGGUAGCUCCAAGCCAGACACUGAAUGACAGGGAGUACCAGCUACUGCGGCAGACAGCCAUUAAGGUGACCCAGCACCUGGGAAUUGUUGGCGAGUGCAAUGUGCAGUAUGCCCUGAACCCUGAGUCUGAACAGUAUUACAUCAUCGAAGUGAAUGCCAGGCUGUCUCGCAGCUCCGCACUGGCUAGCAAGGCUACAGGCUACCCACUGGCCUAUGUGGCAGCCAAGCUGGCUUUGGGCAUCCCUUUGCCUGAGCUCAGGAACUCUGUGACAGGGGGAACAGCAGCCUUUGAACCCAGCUUGGAUUACUGUGUGGUAAAGAUUCCUCGUUGGGACCUCAGCAAGUUUCUGCGUGUCAGCACAAAGAUUGGGAGCUGCAUGAAGAGCGUAGGUGAAGUCAUGGGCAUUGGGCGUUCAUUUGAGGAGGCCUUCCAGAAGGCCCUGCGCAUGGUAGAUGAGAAUUGCGUGGGCUUUGAUCACACGGUGAAGCCUGUCAGUGAUAUGGAGUUGGAGACUCCAACAGAUAAGCGGAUCUUCGUGGUGGCAGCUGCUCUGUGGGCUGGUUACUCAGUGGAUCGCCUGUAUGAGCUUACACGCAUUGACCGCUGGUUCCUGAACAGAAUGAAAGGCAUUAUCACACACGCCCAGCUGCUGGAGCAGCACCGUGGACAGCCCUUGCCCCCAGACCUGCUGCAUCGCGCCAAGUGCCUUGGCUUCUCAGACAAGCAGAUUGCCCUUGCCGUUCUGAGCACAGAGCUGGCUGUUCGCAAGCUGCGGCAGGAGUUAGGAAUCUGCCCAGCGGUGAAACAGAUUGACACAGUUGCAGCUGAGUGGCCAGCCCAGACAAAUUACCUAUACCUGACAUAUUGGGGCACCACUCAUGACCUCACCUUUCGAACACCUCAUGUCCUAGUCCUUGGCUCUGGUGUCUACCGUAUUGGCUCUAGUGUGGAAUUUGACUGGUGUGCUGUGGGCUGCAUCCAGCAGCUCCGAAAGAUGGGGUAUAAGACCAUCAUGGUGAACUACAACCCAGAGACAGUCAGCACCGACUAUGACAUGUGUGAUCGACUCUACUUUGAUGAGAUCUCUUUUGAGGUGGUGAUGGACAUCUAUGAGCUGGAGAACCCUGAAGGCGUGAUCCUAUCCAUGGGUGGGCAGCUGCCCAACAACAUGGCCAUGGCUUUGCACCGGCAACAGUGCCGUGUACUAGGCACCUCCCCUGAAGCCAUCGACUCAGCUGAGAACCGUUUCAAGUUCUCUCGUCUCCUGGACACCAUUGGCAUCAGCCAGCCUCAGUGGAGGGAGCUGAGUGACCUAGAGUCUGCUCGCCAUUUCUGCCAGACCGUGGGAUAUCCCUGUGUGGUGCGCCCCUCCUAUGUGCUGAGUGGUGCUGCUAUGAAUGUGGCCUAUACUGAUGGGGACCUGGAGCGCUUCCUGAGCAGUGCAGCAGCUGUCUCCAAAGAGCACCCUGUGGUCAUCUCCAAGUUCAUCCAAGAGGCCAAGGAGAUUGACGUGGAUGCUGUGGCCUGUGACGGUGUGGUGGCAGCCAUCGCCAUCUCUGAGCAUGUGGAGAAUGCAGGUGUUCAUUCAGGUGAUGCCACACUGGUAACCCCCCCACAAGACAUCACCCCCAAAACUCUGGAGCGGAUCAAAGCUAUCGUGCAUGCUGUGGGCCAGGAGCUACAGGUCACAGGACCCUUCAAUCUACAACUCAUUGCCAAGGAUGACCAGCUGAAAGUUAUUGAAUGCAAUGUGCGCGUCUCCCGCUCCUUCCCCUUCGUCUCCAAGACACUAGGUGUAGAUCUAGUAGCCUUGGCCACACGCGUCAUCAUGGGAGAAGAAGUGGAACCUGUGGGGCUCAUGACUGGCUCUGGAGUUGUGGGGGUAAAGGUGCCUCAGUUCUCCUUCUCCCGGCUGGCGGGUGCUGACGUGGUGUUGGGUGUGGAAAUGACCAGCACUGGGGAGGUGGCUGGCUUUGGGGAGAGUCGCUGUGAGGCCUACCUUAAGGCCAUGCUAAGCACUGGCUUCAAGAUCCCCAAAAAGAAUAUCCUGCUGACCAUUGGCAGCUAUAAGAACAAAAGUGAACUGCUCCCAACUGUGCGGCUGCUGGAGAGCCUGGGUUACAGCCUCUAUGCCAGUCUGGGCACAGCUGACUUCUACACUGAGCAUGGUGUUAAGGUAACAGCCGUGGACUGGCACUUUGAGGAGGCUGUGGAUGGUGAGUGCCCACCACAGCGAAGCAUCCUGGAGCAGCUGGCUGAAAACCACUUUGAGCUAGUGAUUAACCUGUCCAUGCGUGGGGCUGGGGGCAGACGGCUCUCCUCCUUCGUCACCAAGGGCUAUCGCACCCGGCGCCUGGCUGCUGACUUCUCUGUGCCCCUCAUCAUCGAUAUCAAGUGUACCAAACUCUUUGUGGAGGCCCUAGGUCAGAUCGGGCCGGCUCCUCCAUUGAAGGUGCACAUUGACUGUAUGACUUCCCAAAAGCUUGUGCGACUACCUGGAUUGAUUGAUGUCCACGUGCACCUGCGGGAACCAGGUGGGACACACAAAGAAGACUUUGCCUCAGGCACAGCUGCUGCCCUGGCUGGGGGUAUCACCAUGGUGUGUGCCAUGCCUAAUACCCGGCCCCCCAUAAUCGAUGCCCCAGCUCUGGCCCUGGCCCAGAAGCUGGCAGAGGCUGGCGCCCGCUGUGACUAUGCCUUAUUCCUGGGGGCCUCAUCUGAAAACGCAGGGACCCUGGGCAGUGUGGCUGGGUCUGCAGCUGGGCUGAAGCUCUACCUCAAUGAGACCUUCUCUGAGCUGCGGCUGGACAGUGUGACCCAGUGGAUGGAGCACUUUGAGACAUGGCCAUCCCAUCUCCCCAUCGUGGCCCAUGCAGAGCGGCAGAGUGUGGCCGCCAUCCUCAUGGUGGCCCAGCUGACCCAGCGCUCAGUGCACAUAUGUCACGUGGCACGGAAGGAGGAGAUCCUGCUGAUUAAAGCUGCAAAGGCCCAGGGGGUACCAGUCACCUGUGAGGUGGCACCCCACCACUUAUUCCUGAGCCAGGAGGACCUGGAGCGCCUGGGGCCUGGGAAGGGGGAAGUGCGGCCCAAGCUUUGCUCUCACCAGGACAUGGAAGCCCUGUGGGAGAACAUGGCUGUCAUUGACUGCUUUGCCUCAGACCACGCCCCCCAUACCUUGGAGGAGAAGUGUGGACCCAAGCCUCUGCCUGGCUUCCCAGGGCUAGAGACCAUGCUGCCAUUGUUGCUGACAGCUGUCAAUGAGGGCCGGCUCAGCCUGGAUGACCUGCUGCAGCGCCUACACCACAAUCCUCGGCGCAUCUUUCACCUGCCCCCACAGGAGGAUACCUAUGUGGAGGUGGAUCUGGAGCACGAGUGGACAAUCCCCAGCUACAUGCCCUUCUCCAAGGCCCACUGGACACCCUUCGAAGGGCAGAAGGUGAAGGGCACCGUCCGGCGCGUGGUCCUACGAGGGGAGGUUGCCUACAUUGACGGACAGGUUCUGGUGCCUCCAGGCUAUGGACAGGAUGUACGGAAGUGGCCUCAAGGGGCCGUUCCCCAGCUCUCAGCUCCUGCCACCAGUGAGAUAAACACGACACCUGAAAGGCCUCGCUGGGGCAUCCCAGGACUUCCUGAUGGCCGGUUCCACUUGCCACCCCGAAUCCACCGUGCCUCUGACCCUGGUCUGCCAGCUGAGGAGCCAAAGGAAAAGUCUUCUCGGAAAGCAGCUGAGCCAGAGCUGAUGGGAACCCCUGACAGCACCUGCCACCCUCCACCACCAGCACCUAGACAGGCAUCACCCCAGAACCUAGGGACCCCUGGCCUUCUGCAUCCUCAGACCUCACCCCUGCUGCACUCGUUAGUGGGCCAACAUAUCCUGUCUGUUAAGCAGUUCACCAAGGACCAGAUGUCUCACCUGUUCAAUGUGGCACACACACUGCGGAUGAUGGUGCAGAAGGAGCGGAGCCUCGACAUCCUCAAGGGGAAGGUCAUGGCCUCCAUGUUCUAUGAGGUAAGCACACGGACCAGCAGCUCCUUUGCAGCAGCCAUGGCCCGGCUAGGAGGUGCUGUGCUCAGCUUCUCGGAAGCCACUUCCUCUGUCCAGAAAGGCGAGUCCCUGGCUGACUCUGUGCAGACCAUGAGCUGCUAUGCAGAUGUCGUCGUGCUUCGGCACCCCCAGCCCGGAGCAGUAGAGUUGGCAGCCAAGCACUGCCGGAAGCCAGUGAUCAAUGCUGGGGAUGGGGUUGGAGAGCAUCCCACCCAGGCCUUGUUGGACAUUUUCACCAUCCGGGAGGAGCUGGGGACUGUCAAUGGCAAGACGAUCACAAUGGUGGGUGACCUGAAGCAUGGACGCACAGUGCAUUCCCUGGCCUGCCUGCUCACUCAGUACCGGGUCAGCCUGCGCUAUGUGGCUCCUCCUAGUUUGCGCAUGCCAUCCCCUGUGCGGGACUUUGUGGCCUUCCGUGGCACCAAGCAGGUGAGACUUAUAGCUCAGCCAGAGGUUGUGGAGGCGUGUUGGGCAGUCAGCCCAUCACUGUAUUCACUGUGGCUGCACCUCACCCUCCAGGAGGAAUUUGAGAGCAUUGAGGAGGCACUGCCCGACACAGAUGUGCUCUACAUGACUCGAAUCCAGAAGGAACGAUUUGGCUCUACCCAGGAGUACGAGGCUUGCUUUGGUCAGUUCAUCCUCACUCCCCACAUCAUGACCCGGGCCAAGAAAAAGAUGGUGGUGAUGCACCCAAUGCCUCGUGUCAACGAGAUAAGUGUGGAGGUGGACUCAGACCCCCGAGCAGCCUACUUCCGCCAGGCCGAGAACGGCAUGUACAUCCGCAUGGCUCUGUUGGCCACUGUGCUGGGCCGUUUCUAGGCUCUGGUUUCUUAGCCUCUUUUCUUCUGGCCCAGCUGCUGGGCAAGGAAUUCAGUGCCCCCCACGGGGGCAGCACACUUAGUAGGUACUCUGGCUCUGUGAAGAAUAAUGUCUAUAUUAUUCAUACAUGAAGACCACGCUUCAGGCCCUGGGCUGGAGCUCUCUAGCAUGGGGCUGAAACCUCAGAUACUGGGGCCCAGUCUGCCCCAUCUUCAUACUUGCACCUUAAGUCUGUACAGUCACUUUUCUACUGACUUAAUAAACAGCUGAGCUGUUUC